CUCCGGCGAGGCGGCAACCUUUAUUCCAUAUUCCACGACAAAAGUAUAAGCGUAUCGACAAAGAAAAGAAUUUUUCCGACGAAACAUGCAUAGAAGCUCCGUUAGGCUUCGUCGACGGCUAUUGAUUCCCAAUUCUCGAAACCUGUUUUCAUGAAUUCUUAGGUUCAUAAUCUUCCGGAGGAGCAAAGAUGUUGUGCUGCAAAUGCUUGACCUGGACCAGAGUCCCCGGUUUCUUCGAGCAGCAACCGGAGACUUUCUCCUUGCCGGCGCCGAUUCCUCAAUGGCCACAAGGCACAGGGUUUGGUACUGGAGUGAUAAGAUUGGGUGAGCUAGAGGUUUGCCAGAUCACGAGAUUUGAGUUUAUUUGGGGAAGCAAUUUGCCACAGGGUGGGAAGCAAGGUGUUAGCUUUUAUAAACCAAUUGGGUUGCCAGAAGGGUUUUUCAAUCUUGGUUAUUAUGCCCAACCUAAUGUAAAGCCGUUACGAGGUUUUGUUCUAGCAGUUCGCGAAGUGGCUAAACCUAAGCCCGGGAACCCUCAUCCACACACCUCCAAGUAUUCUCCAGCUCUCCGAAACCCCUUGGACUAUACGUUAGUUUGGAGUUCGAAUGAUGAGAGCGAGGAUGACUUUGCUGCAUCUAGUUACUUCUGGUCACCUCAACCACCUGAAGGGUAUAAAGCUUUGGGUUUUGUGGUGACGAACAAGCCUGCGAAGCCUGAACUAGAUGAAGUUAAGUGUGUGCGAAAUGACCUCAUUGAUCAAUGUGAAACCUACCGCAUGAUACUAAAAACCACUUCUAAAUUUUCUCAAGUGCCUCUUAUGGUCUGGAGUACACGACCCUGUCAUAGAGGAAUGCAAGGGAAAGGUGUUCCGGUUGGUACCUUUUUUUGCACCGACUAUUUGACCUUGAGGGAAGAGCUAGAUAUCGUAUGCUUGAAGAACUUUGACCCUAAUCUGCAUGCAAUGCCAAAUCUUGAUCAGAUACAUGCACUCAUCAGGCACUACGGUCCCACUGUAUUUUUUCAUCCAGACGAGAUCUAUCUUCCAUCUUCUGUUUCCUGGUUCUUUGAAAAUGGAGCGUUGCUGUACAAAGCCGGUGAUGUAAAUGGAAAGACCAUUGACGCUGAUGGGUCCAAUUUGCCUGCCGGUGGAACAAAUGAUAGAGAAUAUUGGAUAGAUUUGCCUAGGGAUGACCGUUUAGGGACUAUCAAGCAUGGAAACAUACGGAGUGCAAAACUUUACGUUCACGUAAAGCCAGCUUCAGGUGGUACGUUCACUGAUAUAGCAAUGUGGGUUUUUUGUCCCUUCAACGGGCCAGCCACUCUAAAGAUUGGCGUAAUGAACUUGUCUCUGUGCAAAAUUGGCCAGCAUGUGGGCGAUUGGGAGCAUUUCACACUCAGGCUGAGCAAUUUUAAUGGAGAGCUGCAAAGCAUAUACUUUUCACAGCAUAGUGGCGGUGAAUGGGUGGAUAUAUACGAUUUAGAGUUCAUUGAGGGGAACAAAGCUGUUGUAUACUCGUCCAAACAUGGCCAUGCUAGCUAUCCUCACCCGGGCGUCUACAUCCAAGGCUCUUCAAUGCUCGGGAUUGGAAUUAGGAAUGAUGCUGCCCGCAGUCACUAUUAUGUAGAUUCUAGCACCCAGUACGAAAUCGUUGCAGCAGAGUAUCUAGGGCAUGGAGUUGUUCGGGAGCCAGGUUGGUUGCAGUACAUGAGGGAGUGGGGUCCGACCAUCGUUUAUGAUUCAAGGACCGAACUUAAUAAGGCUGCCAAUCGUUUACCUCUAACGCUUAGAUUUUCAGCGCUGAACAUCUUUAGUAAGCUGCCCGUGGAAUUGUCUGGGGAAGAAGGUCCUAGCGGGCCGAAGGAGAAAAAUAAUUGGAUAGGGGAUGAGAGAUGGUAACUUUUUGUUAUGCCAUUUGCAGUGUAUAACUCUUUUCCAUUCCCAUAGCUUUGUUUCAAUCAAGAUUGUAGAUCAGGUUAGCAGACAGAAGAUUUGUUGUAAGUUUGUAACCUCAUGUAUAUUGUUCCUCACUUUUCUUAAGAAGCAGAACAUCAUUGGAUGAUGACAGCUAUGCUGUCUGCUAUCCUUGUUGUUUGUACAAGUGAAACCUCCUGUGUAUAACAUAUUUUGUCACUUGAAAUGAGCAGAUACAAGGAAAACAGGCCUAUUUCAUCCAUUUCUUUGGUAAA